AUGCUUCGGUUUAUCUCCAGGGCUCUUGCCUUCUUCCGGAGGAAAAUGGACUCUUCGGAGGCCGAGAGGGAGCAGUAUAUGAGCCUCCUGGAAGGUGCCACCAGGUUAAAAACUGUGCAGGGAGCUGUGACGAAGGUCUGUAGAGAUCACGGCUUGAUUGAUGACUUGAUCUACUUUGAUAGUGAUGCUGUGGAUGGCAAUGUGUUUCUGAAAGUGGGACACAAAGUCACUGCCACUGUGGAAGAAGAUAAAACAUAUGGAUUGAAAGCGAUCAAAGUGAUUCCUUUCUGUGAUAGUUGCCAUGGCAAUGGAGUGUCCGACUCCUACGCUAGAGUUACAUUUGCCUGUAUUAACCCUGAAGUGGAAGGAGCUUACUACAUUGAUCAUACAACUUACUUCUUGCUAGAUGUUGUUUGUAAAGGUUUUGAGCCUUACCAAGGGGACCGAGUAGAAGUUGAGCUUUGCACCCAGUCCGACACAUUGGGCAGAAGGGCCAUGUCGGUGAAGCCUCUGAGACAUAAGCAUGUGCAUGAGGUCUACAUUACUAGCCUACAUGGAAGAAAGGGGGUGAUAGACGACAGCAUCUUUUUCACCUUGGAAUCUCUGAAGCUUCCUGAUGGAUACAUACCUCAAAUAUAUGACAUUGUUAAUGCUGUCGUGGUGGAGAGCAUUCAGUCCUGCUAUAUGUGGCGAGCAAUCUCCAUGACUCUAGUGAAAAGGUGGUACUGAGAAAACAGCAUUUGUAUUCGCUGUGAAGUGUCUCUUCUCUUGUCAGUGAAGGGCCUGGUUUAAAAAUGUUUUGUGAGAAAUAGCUUAGUAAACCUCAAGAAUUAGUUCAAAUACAACCUUUUAAGUCCUGUAGGGGUUGGCUAAAUGGAGAGUACCUUCUGGAUAGUGGUCAGCAUUUUUCAUUGUUGAUUAAAGACAUUUUCAUCUUAA